AACUAUAAUGACAACCUAAUGACAAUUCAUUAAAUUGACUUUAAGAAGAAGCAUCUACCGUUAUUCAAAAAUAAACAAAAAGCAAGCAACACAAGAUCCAUGGCAAAAUGUCUUACCUUAAAGUCCUCAACAAAGAAAAUGAAAUUAUUCUAAAUACGCCCAAACGCAAGGAACUACUAAAGGAUGGACCUCCCUUGAAUCAAGCGAAAUGCAAUCUGUUGGGCAGAGGAGCCUUUGGCACGGUUAUAAAGGCGAUUUAUAAAGCAAACCCCGUGGCAGUAAAAAUCAUGAAAAAUUCAAAAGAUGUCAACAAUCAGGUGAUGCUCAACGAGGCGCAUAUUUUGAAUUGGAAACAUCCAAAUAUAGUACGGCUGCUUAAGAUUGAAUCUACACCCAACUUUGCCAUUAUCAUAAUGGAACGUUUCAAUGGCGAUUGUUUACAAAAUAUUUUAGAUACCAUGGAUUUAACGGUACUGCAUCGUAUAAACAUUGCUAUGGACAUAACAUCUGGACUGUUGUAUUGUCAUAAACGUGGUCUACUGCACAUGGAUGUGAAACCACAAAAUAUCAUGUUAUCAUUGAACAAAUUUCAACACAACAUUGUCAAAUCGAGUCUGACUCAAAGAUUGUAUGUCUGCAAAUUGUGUGAUUUUGGAUCAUCGUUAAAAAUUACAAAUGAAAAUCAUUGUGUCAAAGGACAAGUAAAGGGUACCCUUCGUUAUAUGGCGCCAGAGGCUUUGAAGGAAGAGUGCCUAACACCAGCUGUUGAUGUUUUCUCUCUCGGCAUAACACUGUGGCAAAUGAAACAUCGAUAUUUGCCCUAUCAUUGGUUGCAAUGCAACGAUACAGUGGCCUAUCAAGUAGUCAAACAUCAGCUGCGACCCAAUUCACUGCAUUGUAUCAAUCAAAAUUACAACAGCAACAAUUUUAAGCCAUAUCCACCCAAAGCGAACAUCAAUGAAUUGUGCUUCUGUGAAAAUAUCAACAAUCAAUUUUCACCCCAAUCCAUAGAAGAUUUGCGUAAGAUACUGCAAUGCAAUGACUGUGAACUUGUUGGCGAAGACAAGCCAACAGGAGAAAUUUUAAACCCAAAAAGGCUGCCCCUAAAAAAUUCCACCAAUAAACAACAACUACAUACGAAAAAGUUCAAUGUUAAACGGGAUUUGCACAAUGAAUUUUCGCCCAGCGAAAAUGUAAGUCUAGCCGCGGUGCUAAACCAAAGCCAUAGCCAUUUGGAUGCAAUACGAACAGCUAAACUUGAAAAGCUCUAUGAGGACUUAUUCAAAUCGUGCUGGCACGACGAUUUUAAGCAAAGACCCACCACAGUGGAGCUUUCAAAACGUUUCAGGGAAAUGUUAAAUAUUAUCUAUGCUGCUUAAUUUUAUACAUUACUACUUUUUUGUUUUUAAAUUAAUUCGUAUUUUAUUUUUAUGCCAUAAUACGUAUUUAUCUUCCUUUUUACUUUUUAUACAUAAAUAAUUUCGUUAAUUCA